AUGGGUUGCAAUUUAACCCAGAUCUCCACGACCCACCUUCUCUCCUUCCCUCGCCCCACAGUCAACCUCCCCUCGCCCCUCUGUCACCUCCCCUCACCGCCUCCCUCCCUCGCCCGUCUGUCACCUCCCCUCACUGCCUCCCUCCCUGGCCCCCUACCUACCUACCUACCUCCCUCACCCCACGGUCAACCUCCCCUCGCCCCUCUGUCACCUCCCCUCACCGCCUCCCUCCCUCGCCCCUCUGUCACCUCCCCUCACUGCCUCCCUCCCUGGCCCCCUACCUACCUACCUACCUCCCUCACCCCACGGUCAACCUCCCCUCGCCCCUCUGUCACCUCCCCUCACCACCUCCCUCCUUCGCCCCUCUGUCACCUCCCCUCACCGCCUCCCUGUCUCGCCCCCUACCUACCUCCCUCCCUCACCCCACAGUCAACCUCCCCUCGCCCCUCUGUCACCUCCCCUCACUGCCUCCCUCCCUUGCCCCCUCACCGACUCCCUCCCUCACCCCCUCACCGCCUCUCUCCCUCACCGCCUCGCCCCCUCCCUCGUCCCCUCACCACCUCCCUCCCCCCCUCGCCCCCUCACUGCCUCAUUCAUUCAAAAGAUGUGAAAACUGUCAUCAAACAAUUACAAUCUGAUCUUGGACGUUGUGACAUGACAGCCUCAGACUCCUUCCAGUUGCAGAUCCAGUAA